GUCUCUAGAUGGGAUGGAAUAAAAAACAGUCGUUGCGUUUGCUUAUCACACAUGUGGUAACAUUUCCACAUAUGCAUGGAUGAUUUUUUUUUCAUCCCAACCCACUCCCUCUAUUUAUGUCAUCAGCGGUGAUUUGACACUCUUUUCUAGUUCCGCAGUCGGUACUGUCGAUUCGAAUGUGUGUGAAGCCAGACAGAACAGCUGUCUGUCGAUGGUGUUUUUUCUCCAAUCGCUAUUGUUUCCGGUGAUGUACGGCGGGAAUCUGCUAAAUCGACGGGUUGAUAUGUUUUGUCACUAGGAGUUUCUUAUCUGUUGUUUGCACCCCCACAUUAUUUACAACGCGGAGAGCAAUGUCCCGAGUUCAGGUCCUGUACGACUUUGCGGGGGAGCCUAAUUCAGCUGAGAUUUCCAUCACCGUCGGGGAGAUUCUGACUGUGACCAGCACCGAGGUAGGUGAGGGUUGGUGGGAGGGAACAAAUUCUCGCGGUCAGCGAGGACUAUUUCCGGCGGCAUACGUCGAAGCGUUACCAAACAAUGUAGGACCACCGAAGAUGCCACCGCCGCCACUAGUUACAACGGCCGCAAGACAACAGCAGCAGUCACAGCAGCAGCAGCAGCAGCCACAACAACCACCGCAAGGUGCCCGGUAUGAUCAAACAGCGGAUGAUUGGGGGGAACAUCAGGACGAUUGGGAUGAUGAUUGGGACGAUGACAACGAUACAUACUCAGAAAUUGGACCAGCCAGCGGAGGAGGUACCGGUGGUGGGGCAAAUAUUAACCAUAAUCAAAAUGGAAACUUUCAAAGUAGUAAUUAUUACGCGAAUGCCAACUUACCCGCGCUGCCUGCUGGGGGGAACGAUGGAGAUUCGGUAUCGUUAGCCUCAACCGUUGUAGGUGGAGCAAGAAGAACGACUUCGUCUACGAAGAUAUUCAAGAGCGGGGAUGCGUAUUUAAUGGGCCUGAGCGUGCCAGCAGUGUCUGAAAGCGACCGAGUUCAGAUUCUACAAUCGGACAGUGGCAUUAUUUGGAAACCAAUAAGAGAUGGAUACACCGUUACGGUCGAUUCGCCAAAGAAAGAGAAAAAGUUUAACGGCCUUAAAAGUUUUAUCGCUUAUCAGUUGACGCCUUCGUUUAACAACAUUGCAGUAUCGCGUCGUUACAAACAUUUCGAUUGGCUGCACGAGCGACUGGUGGAUAAGUUUUGUCUCAUUCCGAUACCACCGCUGCCAGAUAAGCAGAUUUCCGGUAGGUAUGAUGAAGAGUUUGUGGAGCAUCGUCGACUUCAACUGCAGGAGUUCGUUGAUUGGAUGUGUCGCCAUCCAGUUCUUUCCACAUGUGGAGUUUGGAUGCACUUUUUAACCUGCACGGACGAGAAGAAGUGGAAAACCGGAAAGCGAACCGCUGAGAAAGACCCACUGGUGGGAACAACUUUUUGUGCAGCUAUUUUCCCACCAGACAAAACUCUUCUGCACUCUCAAGUCGAACCACAGGUUGAUUCGUGUGUACUUUUCGUGCCGCAAAUGAACACAGCCGUUAAAACGUUAGCCCAAAUCUGUACCGAUGAAACGAAAAAGUUUCAGCUCCAGUGGAAGCAAGAUUAUCAACGGAUUGGCGAAGGGCUUUCGGAGCUAGCUCGCGCUUUAGACAUCGACGAACGACGCCAGACCACUCAAGUUAGCCUAUCCAACUCGGUCGGCCAAGCGGCUGGCAUUUUCAUCAACAUCGGUCAGAUGUUCGCAGACCAACCGAAGCACGAUUUCAUGCCGUUCGCAGACCGGCUGCACAUCUACCGUGGACUGUUAAACAGCUUUCCGGACUCGUUGAACGAGUACAAGAACGCGGUGCAGAAGCGGAAAGAUUGCGAAAAGCUAACAGCCGAACAGAAGAUGGAGAACAGCCAGCUUGCGGAGGUGACCCGACGGGUGGAUGUGAUGUCCUAUGCGCUGCUGGCGGAAAUGGCACACUUUCGGCAGGAGCGCGAUACGCAUCUGAAGGACACGCUUCGAAAUUUCAUCGGUGGGCAGAUAGAUUUCUACAAGAACAUUGUGCGCCGGUUGGAACAGGCACAAUCGCAUUUUUGAGCUUGACAAACGGUUGCGUCGUUUUUUUUGCUAGCUAGUAGGGUUAAGUUACGGUCUGCCACUAUCUGCGCUUGGAUUCAGAUGAUUUAUUUUUUUAUCCGUAUUUAGGCAUUUUAUAAGCAAAUUCUGUUGGAAAGCUUAUUUUAUUUGCUUCACUUUUUCCAAUUCAUUGUGAAAUAAAAUUAUACAACCAAGAAAGGAUGCCUUGAAGCGAUAUAUUGUAGUGUUUCAGUUCAUUUGGAUUCUUUGAACGAGGUAGAAUGCUGUUUUGAUAGAUGGUUUUAAGUAGUUGACGCAUCGGAAAUUGUUUUUGAGAUUUGAUCUAGAUUAAAUUAAUAAAGUUUGCUAUCGGUUUAUUUGACCGAUCCUUCUAUGCGUCUAAUGCAAAAUGGCACUUCGAAAUGUCUGCUUCAUAGUGCCUCUUUGGCUCAAGUUACCUUUUUUGAGCAUGUGUUAGAGUUGAACGAUUGUUAGUAGGAAUAAGAAAAAUUGUGUUCGGUUUAAAUGGAUAAACCGAACACAAUUUUUCUUACGCGUACCUUUUCAAAACUCUAAAAGAAGAAUAUCAGUCGAUUUAUUAGAUUAUCACGAUUCAAAUCAUACAAAAUAGCUGCUGGGAAAACCAAUUGUUCCAAAAGAUUGCUUAUUAUAGUCAUGACCACACCGUGCUGGGGUACGCAACACAACUGCGCAAUGAAAAAACCACAGCCACUUUUUCAAAAGCAUCAUUCAGCCAUGCCGAUGGUUUUUCCAGUAGUUAUUUUGCAUGAUUUGAAUCGUGAUAAUCUAAUAAAUCGACUUAUAUUCUUCUUUUAGAGUUUUGAAAAGGUUUAAAUGGAUAAUGCGGUGGCAAAGCUGAACACAAGUUGUUUUUUCGCGUACUAGCGUUCAAUUCACCCAUACUAGCGUUCAAUUCUAACACAUGCUCAAAAAAGGUAACUUGAGCCUUAAUCAUUUCAGAUGGCCCACAAAUGUUGACGAAGAAAAUCUGUCUAAAAGAAUGCUUUAGAUGUGUGUUACAAAACGACUGGUGUUUUGAACUUUUCCUUGACUGAUUUUGGCAAUACCACUGGUUAGUUUGUACACUUUUAAGUUGCCCGUGUUGUUCAAAACAGUUUAUUUCAUGGCAUUACUCGUGUCUUCGGAUGAAUUUAGGCCGUUCUCCUUAUUAUCCAAUUAAUUUAUGUUUAGGCAAACAUACGACCUACAAUCGAUGGUCAAAAGUAUCUGAUCCGUAAUCAAAUUAUCGGAAGAUCAUGACUAUAAUAAGCAAUCUUUUGGAACAAUUUCAAGAAUGUAGACACCUGGAAUUCUUCUGGAGUUCAUCAAUUAAACAAACUUUGGUGCAAAUUGUAAGUCGUUAGAGAAUCAAUGCUAAACCAUUUCAAUUGGUAGUGAGGCAUGGCAAGCUGAUUCAAGUGCAAAAGUUUUUGGAUUAGACGUGGUAAUUUUUUACCGUGCAUCUUUCUCAUGCAUGAAAGGCUACACUGAAAAAAAUUGAACACGUUAACAUCAUGUGGAAAAUUAAUUCAUUCCUCAAAAACAUGAAAUGCACACGGCUUCCAUUUCAAUAUCUAAUCGAGUGUGGAAAAUAUGAUUUUCAAAUGGAAUUCACGCGAACAUUGUGUUAAAAGCACAUCGGCAUCGUAAGAAAUAAGGAUUAUUUUCAGUGUAUGGUAUAGAGUACACACGCCACCGAAAAACUGCCUAAAAUUGAGUACUUUUGACUCAAUCUCGUGGUAUCGUGGUAGAUUCCAUUUAACUGCGGCAAAAAUUAUAACUCAACCUUGAGUUUAAUUUAUUUAAAUUUAAGUUGAAUUUACCUAAUUUUGAGUAUACCCCAAACAACCCAAGUGUAACUUACAGCACGGAAGACCGUGACUGAGUCGAAUCUCUCGUUUUAUUUUAGACAACACUACUAAGUGCGAAAGUGACGCACAACUUAAAAGUACCUAAAUUUAAGUUAAAAGAACUUAUUCUGUCGGUUGUUUUGCGUUCAGACACUUUAUAUAGCGUUCUAUGCAAAUGAUUUCACUCACACUACUCGGGGGCUCGUUUUCAUCCACCUGUCAUAUGUUAAACUGUCAGUCAAUUUAAACGUUUGAAAUCGCUUUCAUGAAGUAUUUAUAAUGGUGUUUAAAUGCUCUGUGUCACUGUGAAACUUAUUCUGGAGACUACAAUACCGGUUGUGUUGGAUCCUUCAUGCAAAUAUCAAAAAUUAUGACAGGUGGAGGAAAACAAAUCGUUGAAUACACUAAUACUGUUACAGAUUGUCAAGUACUCUAUAACAGUCUAGCGAAGUGUCGAAAAUUGCAGCCUAACGGACUGUCAAAAAGUGCAGCCAAACGAUCAUGAGGGUCUGAGUGCAUAUAAGGAGAGUGACAACACUGUCAAAAUUGGAACAAUGAUUACUUGUCAGUGUCAUUCCAAACGAGUCAAAUCCAUGUAUUUUGAGAGGUCGUUUGUUCGUUUGGAAUAUUACUGACAGAUAAUCAUGACAGGUGUCUUCACUCUCCUUACAUACACUCUGAUGAGGGUCAAGAGAAAGCCAAUUGAGUUCUUGUCGGCCAGUCUCACGAACACAAAUGCAGCUUACUGGUUGAAAGCAAUCCCGUUUGCUUUUGCUGUCUUUGUUUAUUAUUUUCCACCAGCUAUUGAAGUAGUAUUUGUAUCAUGUGACGUGUACGCACAUGAGCCGCAGAAAAGUCUAUGCAAAGCUUAUGGGAGCUUCCGUGAUGCCAGUUUACAUUCAUGGUUGCUAGUUUUACUGUUUUUCUCUCCGCAAGUCUGUUAUAUAAUUCCACAUCUUUCCCAACGUAGAUUGAUUUUUUUUUAAAAUUCAUUGUUUGAAGUGUACAGCUAACCAGACCAUCUAUUGUAUCAUAUGCCAAUUUGAUUUUUUUGUUUGGAGUUCUUUUUCAAACUGUAUCAUCUCACUGAGACGUCCAAAAAUUUGAUUCAAAAUCGUUCAACACGGGUCCAACGAUGGACGUUUGUUGAACGGUUAUUUGGACGUCGUCCAAAUUGGUCCAACGAACGUCCUUCAUUCGACGAUUUUGAAACCAACCGUUCUUAGAGGGAUAGGAUGACUUUUUCAAAACUCUUAUUCUGCUGCACACUAAAAAAACCUCCAAUCAAUGGCUCAUUUUUUUCUUGACCAAAGCAGUUAGAUUUCAGCUGUAUGAAGCAAUCAAACGAUUAUGCAAAUGAAUCCACUGAUCUACUAACCUACAAUACCGCCAGCUAUCAUCCCAAAUAGGUUAACACAUCACAGAGGUGAAAAAAUAUGUAUAAUGGAUGCACAUCUUUCAAAAAUCGUCAUGCUUAACAUAAUUAAAUUUAUUGACACACAAAUGGAACAAGCUUGCAAAUACUGUUAAAACAAUAUUGUAAAAACACAUCUAAAAUUUUCAAAAAAUGAAAAAAAGAAAUCCGUUUACUGUACCCAAGGUAUAGUGUUUUUUCAUUCAAAAGCAGAAACAAAGAACUGCGCUUAUGGCUAUUGGCUUGCGCCAGUAACUGAUGAUACUUUUGAAAAAACACGGUGGCUGCAGUGAUUCUGACCGUUUUCAGUCACCUAUUGUAGGUUGUAAGCUUGGUCGAGCAGAGCACAAAAACAUGUUGGAAAAACUUAUUACACCUUCAGAAUCUCGAUGUAUUGUUGAAAAAUAUCAUUUCCUGGAAAUAAUUCAAUCGUUUUGGAAAGAAGAAACAUAGUUCCUAACAUUCAUUUUUUGUAUUGAUUAGUGAAAAAUAUUGGGAGUUUGCAACCACAACUUUCAUAUGUAAACAAAAUGUAUAUUUUAACUAGUCAAUCAUGAAAUCGCUUAAAUAUAGGCAAAACUAUGGAAAAAAUAAGUAGUUCCGUCAUUUUUAAGUUGAUUUUGGUUAUUAUCGAUGAGAUUCUACACUUUUUAAUUGUAUUUUCUUAGCAUAUACAUCUUUCGGCAAAAAUGUGGAAAAUGUUUUCUAAUAUAAAGAGAAAAAAGCACAAAUGUUAUAAUGUUGCACAGAAAAUUUCAUUUUCAGCUAUAUAUUUUUUCUUUCCAAAGCAGUUGAUACAUUCGGUUGAAACUGUGCUACGGAUUUUAUAGGGCUCAAGGUAUCGAAAACUGGUUUUCAAAUAUAAACCAAGCUAUUAAGGGUGUGCUGAAUUUUCCAAACACAAUUUUGUACUCUACUACCUACCUGUCCUACAACCAGCACUAGGUCAAAUGAAAAGUUCAUUAUUAUUUUUUAAAUUUUGCAGCACAGUGUAAUGAAUUAAAGGAAUGAAUCCUUGUUGGGAUCUGGAAACCGAUUGUAGAGGAAGGCCUAUUAUACAUAAAUAUGUCAUAAUAUAACUAUCAUAUAUUUUUAUACAAACAACAUAGCAGCCGUAAAACAUGUAACAAUCAUUCUAGUAGCAGCACGCUGUAAAAGUGUACAUAAUUUCAGGAACAUUUACAACACACGCAUUCAAAAUGAGAAACACAUGGUUUAUGGACAGGCAAUUUAGAUAGUAGCUUGUAAGCAAACAGCAGUAGGAUAUAGGGAAACAAACUCGGAUCUGCAUUUGUCCGCAACAAGCGCCACUUCACUAACAGUUAUUGGAACAAAUAUUGGAUGAUACAUUUACAACCAAAUGAAGGACGCCUCAAAUUGUAGCUGUUUAUAUAUUUUCUAAGAGAACGUUUUAAAGUAUAUUAUAGAUAUUUGUUAUAAGCGUAUCAAACGAUGAAAUGAUGGAUGCUGGUAGACCAUUUUAUGGUCCGUACCGGAAGAGAAAAGAUAAUAAAUAAGCAUUCGACUCAUUGAAACUAAA